AUGCCGAACAUCGGAGUGCAGACGACUUUUGCGGGUGAUGCAUCCGUUAUCGGGUUGUCGUUGGCCGCCUUGAACGAUUCACCGUUUGCCGAUGCAAACAGCUCCGGUCGUGUCGUUAAGUGGCCCGACCGAAAUUGUCGCGGCAAAUUAUGCCAGUCUAAAGUUCCUUUAUUACAUUUCGAUAGUCAACACGGCCACACAAUGAUGCCCGUUGCGGUUGAAGUCAAGAUCGAGACCGUCUGCUUGCCGCUGCAUGUUUGA